GGACAUAAAGGACAAGAUGGGGGACCGGGUUCAGAUGCAACGGACAGCCACUCUGAAGUAGGUUGUUUACUUACAGACCCACCCACGGUUUUUUAACUUUUGACAUGGACCAGUUAGGGAAAAUCUGUCGAUGCCACUGGAAAGAACGCAUCAAAGUUGGUAGAAUUGCCAAGUUUGAAAGUGAUGUGCCUUAAGCGAGCAAAGAUAUAGUUUCUGAAAGUUGCGAAAAUUUGCUGUCGUUUGUAUGGUAGAGGGCAAGUUUUUAAACUUUUUUAUGCCCCCGGCCUCCAUACAAACGUCUGUAAAAUUUCGCGACUUUGAGGAGCCAUAUCUUUGUUAGUUUUCCACAAAUCACUUCCAAACCUGGCACUUAGUUUUGCCAGUUUAAACGCGCUUUUUCCAGUGGAGUAGGCGGAUUUCCCUAACUUGUUCAUGUCAAAAGUUGAAAGAAGCCGUGGAAGGAUAAGAAAAUCGUGGAGCAUAAGAAAAAAUAAACCAUGUUUCCGGAGUGCAAACUCGCCUAAGUUAUUCAGAGUUAUAUGCCACAAGCAAUAAGUAAAAGGCAUAGAUUAAUUACCAAGUCGUGAGAAAAUAACAUACACAAGUUCUAUAAAUACAACAAAAAUAAUAAGUCAUUUAAAAGAAAAGUAGCAUAUUGGAAUAUGUUGCAAGUUAAACAAAGUUUAUCACAACAACCCACAUAUUAGUACCUGUUGAUCUUGCUUGGCUAAACAGGUUCUUGGACUUCUGGGUGAUAUAAAGUGGUGCAUUUCUGCCGGGAGGUUCUUAAUCCACAGGUUCUUUAAUUAUAUGCGGGUGUUUGCUGUAUUGUUAAAUAUUCUCUACCUUUAGUUGGUGCCACAUUAUAUACCUGAUUGAAAAAACGUUGUCGCUGAAGUAUAAACCAUGAACGAUGAGGUUUCAAGGAUUUAUGGGUAGUAGGUUCAUUAGCAAAGCAAAUUCAAAGUUCUUUCGACAAAAGUUUACAUUGUCACGAGAUGCUCGUGCGGAUGCAAAUCCCUAGAGUACUUUGUUUAAGGCAUGCUGUUGUCUUUUUUUUUGUCUUCCAAGAACGCUUUUAGGUCCUAUCUUAUGAUUUUCAAGUGUGCGUUAGCGAUAUGGCUACGCUCUUUAACUGUAGAAAUCUCUUGUGUGUCCAGCACUGGUGAAGUUGUGAGCCGUAAAUACUGGAAACCGUUUUACGUUUUUUGGAAUGCAUUGUCGCGAAAAGCUUCGUAAAUGUAAACAUUUUUGAGAAAAACUUUAAAUUUGCAAUGCUAAUAAAGUUCUACCCAUAAAUCCAUUAGGUCCCAUCGUUCAUGGUUUAUACUUUUCAAGCGACAACGUUUUUUCACUAUCAGAUGUAUACGAAAGUCAAUUUCUUAAGCGUUCGGUUGCUUGUUGUGAAUGGAAAUUAAUCAAGCAUAAUUAUUUUCUUAGGGAACUGAUAAGGACAAGAGUAAAUGUUCUAGUGGUAUGCAUAGAUUCCCGCCGCCUUCAUGGUUGAGAGACAAAUGCGAAGGUCUAUAUCAAAGGGCAAAACCAGGAGAGAGAGGAAAAGAUGGAGGAAAAGGAGGAAAUGCUGGAAAACCAGGUACCUUACACUGUGUCUUUUAUUUUGAUUGAUUAGCUCUCUUGUAAAAUUAUAUCAUGUUUCCCUUUGGCUGUUUUGUCAUUUUUUUUGUCCGUUUUUGCUCGGGCCUCCGUGGGAAACACCCGAGCUUAAAAGUGAGCUCGAUUUUUUUUUCUGACACAAAUCGUCCUCUAGCGUCUUCAGCGCGUGCGCAAGAUCGGAUAUAAGAAUAUACGAAAAUAGUUCAGCGGACUGAAGUAGAGAACGUGGCUUCCUGUCUGAGGUGAGCAAAGCCAUCUGUUUCGAAUUGGUCUGUUUUAAUAGAAUAUAACAAAACCGGACUUACAUGAAAGUUUACUCUAGAAGUAACAAGAUUUUUUUUGGCAUUUCUAGAUUUUUAUUACAUUGCCCAUUGACAGAAAAAGCCAUUCUUUGACUUGGAUUAGGAAACUUUAACUAAGGAAUGUGACCACGUACGGCCACCUUUUUAAUGUAACAAAGAAAGGCACGUGACCCAAGUAGUUAACGUCUGGCAACAAAAUCAACUGUCACGCGUAUCUUUGAACUUGCAGUCUACAUGUUUUGGUAGUUACCGGGGAGUUACUUCUUAGGAAUGGAACCCAACGAAUGAUGUCUUUACCAUUCAAAAUUUCACAAUAAGUGGCAACAAGGAAAUGAACUAUUCUUCCAAAAGUUCUCUUUAUUAGACCAAAUAUCCCUUGGAAGACUGUUUGCGGGUAACGAAGGUUUAUAUUCAUCUGCAGAUUUAUCGCAAGGCUUCUUUUGCCCAUAACUUUUUCUCCACAAUACUAUUAUAGGCAUAAUUGGCUCCGCAGUCGGUAGAGGGUGUGACUGCAGAGCGGGAGGUCGCGGGUUCGAUCCUCGGGCCAGACCAAUACUCAGGGUCUUAAAACGCAGGUACCCCAAGUUCACGAGUGAGAAUCAGUAAAUCGCUGUUGCGUAACAUAAAUAUUAUAAGAGUUUGUAUGGAGACUUACGCGAUUGUUAUUUAGGGGUCAAAAUAGUAAUAAAAGUACAUCAGAAUUUCUUACCUUGUCUCCCUCUCUAAAUUUAUGGUGUUUUCGUAGCAUUUUUGGCCGUUUCAGGGCGAUUCCAGCGAUUUUUGGUUUUAACGUUGUUCGUUAUCAGUAUAUAUAAUUCUCAAAGGUUGGUGACUUGCUGGUGGCGGUCUCGCAUAUCCAUCGAAGGAAAUCAGCCGCAAAUCACUCCAAAUAGUUCAAUCGCCUCCAGACUUAACCCAGGGCACGUUACAAUCCUCGUCUAAUUACUGCUUUUCUUCACUGGACAAAAGCGCCCUUGGUGCGCGAUUAUCAGCUCGCCAAAACAACGACUCUCUUCCAUCGAGAGCCAUCGAUGAAGCUUUGCCACGAAGUUCCGCGCACGGCCGUUGAAAAUCUAACCUUAGCGACCCCAGCCUUGCGGUUCAAGUUACAUGCACACACGGUGGGUGAGGCGACAAUUUUCGCCAAAACAUCAACAUUAUCCCCUACUAGUGUAAAAAAACUGAAAUGUUCUUCUCUGUAAUCCUUAAGGUAACGGGGGCAAUGCCGGCGGUAUGACACUACGCUACAGAAAACAGAUGGGACAGACAACAUUAAAAACCUGUGGGGGGACUGGAGCUCAGCCAGCUCAAAAUGGAAAAGGAGGAAAGGGUAAGACAUUUCUGCAUUUUUUUUUUGUUAGCGUUCAAUUCCACGCCACCGUGGCUUACGUCAUUGUGAUGUGGAAUUCAAGGCGGGAAAUAGUUUUAUUGUUAUCGAAUUGAUAGAUGCCAUUUGCCCUCAAUUAACCAAUGACUGUCCAAUUUGAUCUGUAAUCGUGUAUUCGUGAUUAAACAAAUCGGAUAUUUGUUAAUCACUUGUAUGUUUACAGGCGGAAUUGGACGAUACUCAGGCCUAUUGGUAGUGGUAGUGGUAGUGGUAGUGGUAGAGGUAGGGGUAUUGGUAUAGCGGUAGUAGCAGUAGUUUGUUCACUGUCGAGAAAUUAGAUAUUUCAUCAUCGCUAAGAUUUAAUUACUCCGCAUGUACGUUUUGAAAGUUUUGCAAACGGCAAAUUAAGACAUGAUUAAAGACGCAACCAGUGCCUUAAGAAAAUUAUUACUUUGAACCUUAGGUGGCGAAGGCGGACAGGGAGGACGUGGAGUAAAAUGCCACUUAAAAUCUGUGCGUACGCAAGGGUGGCAAGUUAUAGUUGUUUGCCAAGGAGAAUACACUGAAAGAGCCCGUAAAGGAGAUACCGGUAAAAAAGGAGCAGCAGGAUCGAGUAAGAUAAUUUUAAUUAGAUUCAACAUUGUCAGUUAAUUUCUGGCCAAACCAAGAAUCGUUGUUGUAAACUAAAAGGAAAUCUUCACCAAAUAGUUACUUUUACAUAAUUGUAUACGAGAUAGGACAACAUGCUGUCCAAUUUGGAAAUAAUUGGAUGAAAAAAAAAAAUUCCGAGGACAGCCCAAAUUAAACUUGGCUGUCAGAAAAAUUUUUUGAAUGCAAUUUUUUACAAAUUGGACAAGCAUGUAGUCCUCUCACCUAUUAAUCAUAUAGCUGGUUAGCUUAUCUGGAUUUGUUUAUAAUAAGCGUUUGACAGAAAUUAAGAAUAUUGUAAACUCAAACCGUCUGUAGUUAAAACAAAAACCGACGGCAAGAUUCAAAAAAGAAAAAAACAAAAUUUAUUCUAAUUGUCUGACAACUUGCCAUUCACAAGGCACAAACAACGAAACAACAAUGCAAAUACUUAAUUUAAACAAGGAAACUGUUGAAAAUAAACAGUAUUUGAUACGCCACGAAUGCGGGCUUGUUUCCAAUACAAACUUUGGUCACACUUUUCCUUGUAACAAACAGUAGCAUUUGGUGUCAUACUGACGGCAUUAAUAUAUUCACAACAACAAAAAAGUCAAAAGCCUUCGCCGACGAACCGCCGUCAGCUAACAAGACUUUUCUGGCGCGUUGCCGGUCACAGUAACUUUGUGCUUACCGGCUAUUUUGGAUUGCCUUUCGUUUUCUGGCAUUUGAUUGGUUCAGACAAACUGUAAUAACUACAUACGUUUGUAUUUAAAUAGGUGUGACGUUAAUUACACUUUAUUCUAUUCGUUGAGUGUUGAAUUCCGACGGACGUUUCGUGCAGGCCGUAAGGUUGAAGAGUGCAUAGUUGAGCGCACCAGAUCAGAAUGCCUCUCUAAGGGCCUGUUUACAUUGAGGUGGGGGACCCCAGGUAGGUGAGGUAACCCGCUAAGGUGGGUAACCCGCCUGUCCAUAUAAUCUCUCAUGAUAGGUGGGGUGACCAGCCAAGACAGGUAGCCCGGUCUGCCAGACCGGAUAACCCUCUCAGCCAGGGUCAAAUUUUGCCAUGUAAACGUUUCAAGGUGGCGUAACCUGCCUAGCCGGGGUCGGAUUCGCGAUACUAAAUUCGCUUAAAAUUCACUUUGGCGGUGGCUUUGCAUCAUUAUUAAAGGUAGCAAUCGAAAGCCACAGCGCUGAAGGUUGUAGCAAGAGCAGCAAGUGAGUGUAGGAGAGCAUUAAUCACCAAAAAACGUGGUUUGUCAGCAUUUUGUUGUUUACGUGCUUAGCGACCAUUCAGUAAUCUUGAGAAAGUGUACCCAGGGAUGGCGGGGUUGUAAGGUUGCAUGUAAAGGAGGGAUAUUUUUUACCCCACCUAAGCGGGUUACCUCACCUAUCUGGGGUCCCCCACCUUCUUGUAAACAGGCCCUUUAUUUGAAGAAUUAUAAUGUCUUUUUAAUUUAAGCUGCCAGGGAAAAUAAAAAAAGUUGUAUAUAAUUAUAUCCAACUCUAGCCUAAAAUAUUUAAUUCAAUCAUAAAACAUUUCUUUCACUAUAAUUUGUUUUCUUCAAAGAUUCUCUUGAACCAGUUGAUAGCAUUAUAUGUAGAUGUUUACCUUAGUAUUCAAGGCACCAUUGUCGCACUCGCACUGUUCGAUUUUAGAAGAAAAUCGUAAUGACUUAAUGAAAGCUAAGUGCGUUUAUACUUACCUCUCGUCCCAUGUAACGAAAUCCAAGACAGUCUUGGAUUCUGGAUUCAACACCGUGGAUUCCGGAUUCUAGGUACUGGAUUUCGGAUUCUUCGUCAGUGGAACUUGGAUUCCGGAUUCCAAUCUGGAUUCCUUGAGCUAUAUCGCGGAUUCCAAAGCCCGGGAUUCCGGAUUCCACAAAGAUAAACUUCCCGUAUUCUGGAUUCCACAAGCAAAAAUUUCCCGGAUUCUGGAGUCCGCAAUCCCUUACAUGGGGCGAUACUUCUCUCUGAAUAGGCCUCUUCCGAGUUCAAAAAACCCUCACUUUCAAAAUGAGGCUAGGUGCACAACCUUUCUUGUGAAAAUGAGUUUUAUUUGCAUGAGAAUGAAAAAUGAUUUCCAUAUCAAAGUCUGAGCACCUACCCUCGUUUUGAAACAGAGGCCCGGGGGAACUCGGAAAUGGCCUAUUCACUUUACAUAGUAGGCAACAACGAGGAAAUAUACCUGAUAUUGGCAAAGACUAACGGAUUCAAUUUUUACCGUAAAAUUCCGAAAAUCAUGCCCCGGGGCUUAUGUUUUUCAAAGGCCCUUUUUGAGUGGCUUAUUUUUGGAGGGGCUUAUCUACGGAGGGAAAUUUACGUUUCAAAUCGAUUGGGCUAGCCUUAUAGUUGGAAAGAAAUUUACCGUUUUUAUUUUGUUUUACUUUGUAUUUGGAGGGGCGAUUUAACAGAGGUGUUUUUGCGUUACGUGUUUGGGGGGGCUUAUAGAGCGUUUUCAAUCACGUGACCAGCAUCUAUGCUAAUUCAUUGGAGCAAAAGAAAGUUUUUACAUAAGAAAAGAGUUCAACUCCCACAGGACUGGUUUGGAACACCAACAUGGCCGCCGUUUCAUUCUUUUGGAACACCAAUAUGGCCGCCGUGACGUCAUGUGAAAACGCUUUAUACAUAGGGGGGCUUAUUUUCGGAAUUUUACGGUAUUACUAGAAUCUAUGGGGGAUACUCUUUACCUGGUUUGACUGUGACGGAAGCUUCGCUUUUAACCUUGCCUUAAUCUAUGUAUUAUACAAUAAUAUUUUUCAGCACCAGCCGUUAAAGGAAACGACGGCACUGUCAGCAAGGAACUUAUUCAAUACGGACUUCUGGACGCACCAAGCAAGAAAAAAUUUCCAGCGGAACUCUUGCUUAUCAUAAGAAGGCGAGCUGUCGACUUGUUGCUGGCUGACAGAGACAACCAAAAGGGUAGAGACGCCCUGCGGUUUAUUAAAGAUGUGGCGACUGGAAGAAAUGACGUGGAAGAUAUUAAAAAGGGUAAUUAUUUUGUGAGAGCAGCUUGGUUAGGUCACUGUUCAGGUAGCAACUUUGUUUUUAUUGCUGUUGUUGAUUAGGGUCUGCGUAAAAUAAUAAUAACCAUGAUCAUAUUACACGGUGUAUAUUGCGGGCAUCAUUCCUCAAAAUUGCAUUCUUUGAACUCACAAGCUAACUUAAACAACUGUCGGAUCGAUUAACUUUUGAUCAAGGGAUGGACGACCUCGUAAGAACCAAACGGUCCGCUUUUGGAAAACCUUUUCACAAUUAUUAUAACGACAAAAUCUUACAGAAAGAAAAAGUAAAUUAAUGAAUAGAUAAAAAGAAAAAUUAAAAGUUAAAUUUAAAUAAAAAUUAAAAUUAGAAUUAACUUUAUUCGAAACGUAGACUAACAUUUCUUUAAUUUUCUUGUUAAAUGCUUUAACAAGCAACUGACCAUCCGAUCUCAAAUAAAUAAAAAUAAGAUGAAAUAAGUCCGGUCUUUUAAUGGUAAUUAUCACUUACUGGACGCGGCUGUAUAUCAUACGAAAACCGAAUCCAAUAAGUGUUUUUAGUUACUAUUCAUUCAAAAUAAUUCAUAUUUUAUACGAGACGAGCUGAAACAUAUUUACCUCGAUCGGUGUUAGUUCUUGUCCUCAUUUGGCUGUUUUCUAGGCAAAUUCAGGAUAUGGAGGGAUGUUUAGUCUAGCAUAAAUUCUUCAAUAAGCAGAUGCUAUCCAUUGAGUUGUAUUUUUGCUGUUCUUGCUAUGUUUUUAGGCACUGUUCUCAGUACCGUAAAUAUAGCAAGCAUAUUUUCAUAAUUAACAAUUAUUCCACGGGUACGCGUUGGAAAUGAGUUGGCUAUGAACAUUUCAUAUCCAACAAGCGAGAAUGGAAUAAUUGUUUUAUUAAAAACACCCACAAAAUAUCGCGAAUUGUUCCCUACUUUACUUGUAAAAACAACCGAUUUUCAGCUUGUUUAUAAUUUUGAGCAGACAAGUACAGUUACCAUAUUUGGAGAGCAUGGUAUGAUGGCUCACAACCAUGAUGGCUCAGCCAAUCAGAGCUCUAGAGUUGCAAUAUCCAAUGAUUCAGUUUUUAAUAGCAAUAGAUAUCCCACAAUUUCUAGCGUUGUAUAUAUUACCACUGAUUCUUCCUAUUGUGUGCAUUUGUCUAAUGACAUCUCAGAGUGCGGUGAGCGACCCACUGCCUUCAAUGCAUGUGAAUGUACCGCUAUCCACAUCUGUGUACAGCGACCAUUUUUACCCCUUUAUAUCUCACUGUAUAUCCAUGUGUAGUUUAGGCAGUGAGAAUAUGUUAAUAUUUCGGAUGUGGAAUUUUUAGCUUGUAGGUUUUAUUUUCCUGAUUCAGACCACGUGGUGUUCUCAAGGUAGAACGCCAUUGAGAAGCCUUUGCCUUUUAUCUUUUCAUUAGUUAUGUACGCAUAUGUACGUGGAUAGCGCGACAUUUGAAAGAAACAGUUCUUGGGGUAACCACAUGGUAUGUAGUCUGCUACACAGCCGUUUUUAGUGUCGUCACGCAACGCAGGAGCAUUGCGUGACGACCCUAAAAACGGCUGUGUAGCAGACUACAUGGUAUGCAAUGGAAAAAAACCAUACGAGCUAAAAAGGUCUGUUGAUUUCAUUACUUGUGGUAGCUUUAUUGGAACUGCUGUUAGCUAAAGAUUUCUAAUUCUUGAAGAAAAUUUUUCUACUAUGGGUUCGGUUAAAUAAGUGAAGCUACAAAAAAGCUUUGCGUCGUCGUCCAAGAAAUGGCAUAAAACCAAAAUAUUUUUUAUGCACAGACCAAAAACGCAGUUAAUUUCAGCACAAGACGUUUGAAUGUCUCUUCAAGAAUAGGUAGAUGUUUUCAUACUUGACCAACACGACCAAUACAUUGAAUCAUUCAUUGUUAAUCCUAUUUCUCUUAGACGCAGAAAGGAAACUUGCCUUCUUAGAUGUAGAAGGUUUUGACAUAUUUGGAAAGAACUCGCUCUUUGCUCCCCUUAUCAGAUGGGAAACGUUCUACGAAGAUAUCGACAACAUAACGAAAGCAGCCGGUGAUUAUGAAAAAGCAUUCAACGAUAUAAUUACUAGCGUGAACAACAAAAAAGAUUUAAAGCAGGUAAAAAGUUACUUCUUUGUAGCAACCGUGUAAAAAUGGAUCAUAUGGACGAAUACUCUGUAUAUAGAUGAGCAAUUAGUGCCAGCAAUAAUACUGAUCAAUUUCUUCAAGGUGAUCGUUUGAAUUGUCAUACACAAGCAGUGGCUGAUCUAUGGGGGUUCUGGGGGGGGAGGGGGGGGGGUUGUGGCUUCUUAUUUUAGAUCAAACUGAGGCCAACAGGGCCAAAGGAAAAAAAAGGUUUAUCUUCCCUCGUAUCUCAGGGACUGAAUGAGCGGGCCCUCAACUUACUUAAUGAUCUGACCGAAUCCGCCACUGACUAGUGCUUUAUGCACUAACGUUACAAGAAAAAAAUAUAAUGUUAAAGUACUGCUCGAGAACGUCAAUUUGAAAGCGCAGUUCAUAUGAUCUUAGUUCGCCAGUUUGAAGUUUAUAGCCAUCUUGCACGGCACAAUAUUUGGCACACCACGAAAGUACUGUUCAGUAACGUUCAACCAUCGUCCACUCAUCUCCAGAAAUACAAGAAAGCUUGUAACCUUGAGAUUAGAUCAAUUUUUUCGAAUUUUCAUGUGACUUCAUGCUGACAGAAUAGACCUUAUUCACGAUACCCGCCAUCUUUGUAAGCGUUUAAAGACAGUGGGCAAACAAAAAUAAUAUCUGCCGAUACAAUAAAUCGCGUUCGACUUUGUUUAUUCUAGACAACAGAAAAUGAAGGACUUUUUAUUCCUAAAGACGAUAGUGGCAGAUAUAUGGGUGGAAAUGAGCAUUGCUACUUUUUUUGGAUGCGGUACCAGCUGUGGAUGUUCUCACAGCAAGUAAAAAUGACGUAAAACUUGUCGACACUCGAACUGUAUAUUUUGCAAGACUAAAGUCGUCGUCUCGUUCUAAGAGAAUAAGCAGACUCGACCGCGAUUACUCGAGUUGGCUAAUUAUAUCAAUUGUUUCCCCUUUGAAAUAACACGUGACAUUGAUUUUAUGCAAUCAAUCCUUAAGCGCGUACUAAGAUGACAGGUAUCGUGAAUAAGGUCUUGCUAGUGAUUGCGUUUAGGUGAGGAUUACAGCUAGGGAACACUUCUUAAUGUCUAUCAGAAGGAGCAUGAAUCUUAUUAACUUGCAAUCUUGGGAAAGCUCUGAAACCUCAGCACCAUACAUAAAUAAAAAAAAAACAUAAAAGGGAAGAGUAAUAAUAAUGAAAAAAUCAACCCACUUGCCUCACCGGGAACCUGUCUUACUCAUUCUCUUUUCUACGACAAAGACUUUGGGCCGGUUGAAAAUAGCCUAACUGCUCGUUUUCUUUUGUUACUUUUUUUUCUUUUCUUUUUUUUAGAUGGCGUCUAAAUUUUCAGAUGUAGCGACUAGACAAGUAACAGCGCAGAGAAAUCGGCUUAUUGCGGCCAGAAACGUCGACGAAAGUGAAAAAAGGAUGUAUAUCAAGGUAUUUUUGUGCCUGAAGGACAGCACACUUCUUAGUUCAUGUUGUUAUACACAGUCAAUUAAUGAAUACUGUGACUUUUGUUAAAUAGAAUACAAAAACUGAUAUUUUUACUACGAAGAAGACCAAUCGGGGUCUAUGGAUCUUAUGUCUUCCUUUUAAGUUUAAGUGCAUUUUAGUACGCAGCGAUCAUUGAACUAAAUGCACAGUUCAGGUGAGACACGGAGCUCGAAGCAAAUAUUUAAUCGUUUUACGUACAAUAUUCGGGCUCGGUUUUUUGGCACUUUUUCAGCUUUUUGGUAUCGUGAUUACUCUAGAGACCCUAAUCCUUAAAAUUGAAACCGGCUCACAUAAUUAUACCCUGCGAGCAGAGUCUCCUUCGAUCUUCAUAGAUAAGUCGGGACCUCUUCUCGACUUAUCUAGGAAGAUCGAAGGAGACUAGCUCUGCUCGCAGGGUAACAUAAUUAUGGCCUGCACCAAUUAUGAAAAGUGAAUGUAAACAUUACGUAAACAAUCCGCGACAGACAGCACGUCUCCAUGGUUAUCCAUUAAAGAAAAGGUGUUUUGGAAGCUAGCGUUCUCUUUUAAGAUAUAUAUGUUUUUAGUAUAUACUAAAACAGUGAUGAGUGUUUUUCGCGCGCUCUGAUUGGCUACUCAAUCAGUGAAUAUCCUGCACUAUUCACUGAUUCACCUCCAGUUCCUCCGAGCGAGCGACGCCAAACUCGCGUAGGUUGCGAGCAAAAUGCUUUCCCUGUUUGCUGCCGUAACAAACAAAGAAAUUUCACAACUAAUCAAGCAAGCUAUUUCCGAAAUACAUGAAGAAGGUGACGAAGUUCGGUUUGGAAGUUUUAACAGGAAAAGCGUUGUCUUUUUGACUUGAAUAGUUAUCGAUAAAACCGGUGAAAAAGUUUUUUGUUGACAAAUGCAAAUUAAGCUUAAGUCUUGCGUUACUUUAUUUAGUUGACUUGUUCAUAAAUAAGCUAAAAACUAAAUUUACUAGCCACUACUAGCCACCUCCACUUCGGUGAAUAAUUUUUAUUUAUUCAAUACAUUUUUUUUCCACGAGUAUACUCUACAGUUGUGUUUGUUUCAUUUUCUUCUGUCUUUAACUACUAUUAUUGCCAUUCGAACAGUGUGAAAAGUGUUUCUUUUUCAAAUGAUGAGUUAAAUUCAGGGCUUUUUGAGAAAGGACUUUUCCUUGGUUGAGUGUCAAAGUAGCCCUACACAAAACUUUUUUUGUUUGUUUAAUUGUUUUUGUUUUUUUGUUUUUUUUUUUUUACUAUGGUGGGUGUUUGAAACUAACAACUUAUUUCUCCCUUAUUCUCCCCCCCCCACCCUUUUUUUUUUUUUUACCCUUAUUUCACCCCUUUUCCCCUUUUUCAUUUUGUGUUUUUUUUUUUUUUUUCUUCCCACCCUAUACAUACAGAGGAGAGUAGAUGAUGAUCAAUACUACCACAAACAGAAGAUUUGUUACCUGCAUUUUCAUACACAUUUUUUUUUUUUUUUUUUGUUUUUUGUUUUUUUUUUUUUUUUUUUUUUAUUUUUGGUUUUUUGAUAUUAUCAUUUUUUUUUUUUUUUUUUCCCCCCCCCCCCCACUUUUUUUCUUCUUACACUGAUCUUCACACGUUCUUCCUGUUUGCCGUUGGCUUAUCGUAUCUCUUCUUUCUACAGGCCAUAAAGUCAGAGGAGCAGAGAAUGAUAGGUAUACUAACAAGAAUCAUGAACUUGUUACCUGAAGCUUAUCAGAAAACGAAGAACAAGUUAGACGCAGAGCAGUUUUUGGCAGUUCUUCAGGGAAUCACUGGGUUCUCAGGAGCUGUAGCAGGCGAAGACCCCUUUGCAUUUAUUGACUCGGCUGUCGGUAUAAUGGAUUACGAAAUAAACAAACCAUGCUUCAAAUCACUGGGCACAAUUCGCAAAAAUCUCAAGAAAUGGAUCACAUUUGGAAAAGAGUACAAACCACUCAGCGAUUCUAGUGACUUAAACUUUGACAAAGUGAAGGUCUCCGCAAUCCCCGAAGUUAUGAAGGUAUAUAUUUUCUCAAAAUCAUUAAUUAUUCAUGCCGUAAAAAGCCAGUAAAUGACGACCAUUUGGUUCAGGUGGAUGAAUCUUCAUACCUAAUGAAACACCAGAUAAAACACAACCAGGUUUUCAUCUGAGAUCAAACAUAUUUUUUAUCUGAGAUCAAACAUUUGCAUUUUAAUGAGAUGUAACACAACUCAUGGAACAAUGCAAUACCAGAGAAAACGGGUUUUGCUAAAAGCAGGCCUGCUGCCCAGCGGCUCGUGGCCCACGGCCCGCGGCCCGCGACGGCCCGGAGGCCCGGAGGCCCGGUGGCCCAGUCCUCAUUUUGCGUUAUUUUUUUGUCCAGCGGUAAAUCCACGCGCAUGCACAGAUCUGCAUUGGGUUUUGGCGUGCAAAAUGGGCGACGGUGAGUUUGAAUUCGUUUACCAUUUAAAAAGUCGUCGUUGUGGUCGUCGUCGUAGUUGCUUAAGCUCCCUAAUGGUUUGGCCCUACCAAUUCUAUCUUCAUAUCAAUGAACUACUGCAAAACAGAUGGCAUUUCCUUUAAGUGGCGUGGCCGCAGUGAUAGGCAACUUUAGGUGAUUUUUCCGGAUGGUAACGACGGAAGUGCAGAUGGUAGGUAUUACUGCCACUUGGUCUGUGGCGACACAACAUUUUGUGGCCAAGGUCAAUUGGGUAUAUUAUUUCUUAACUUGCACUACUUUCUUAACUUUUUUUUCUUUUGUUUUUUGUUUCUUUGUUUUUUUUACCUGGCAUAAAUGUUGCUGUUUUUGUUGUUUUUCAUUCAGGCCAACUUAGACAUAAGCAAGGAAAAGCUGGCUGCUGACUUAGUUUGUUUAUUGGAAGAGGCUGCUAGACCUCGGGACGUUGCCCCGCUGAAAGCGGAAAUGGAGUCAUACUUCAUUGUUGGAGGGGCACGCAUUGACAUGAUAGGGAAAGUUGUAGAAAUUGACAAUAAUAUAGGAACCAACAACUUUGAUAUUCCACUUCUUGAAAAGACUGAAAAGGGAAUUAUUGCGGCUGGCAAGUCAAAAGGUAUGAGAAUCGAUUUACACCAGAGUCAACGUAUGAUGCUUCGAAGAAGGUCCUUAGCCAUUCUUUCACUUGCUAAAAUGCAAAAAUUAUAUCGUACUGAAUACUCUAAAUUGGUAAAUAAAUCAUUUAAAACAUUUUGCGAGCGUUUUGGGUUGCUUGAAGACCAUUUUGCCGGAGUCCUUACUGCACUUUCUACUACUACUAGCUGAAGUGCAGUGCUUGUGGUGAUUCUGAAACGCAGAACGAAGGCGUCAGAAUAAUAAGGUCGCUAGACUACCAUUCUGCCAAUAAUUUUGAAACUAAGUCUAACUCUACAUGUAUAUUAGACUGCGAGCAGUCCCUUAGGAUGGUCACGCAAGCGAGGAAAGCGCGAGCGAGAAAAUCGAGCGAAGCGAGCGAAAGCCGAGGGGCCGCGAGCGAGGAAAGCGCGGCCAAUUCGCUCUCUCCAGUCCUGCCAAGCUUAGACUUGACUGACUGAAGAGGGACUGCUCGCAGUGUACAUGUAUAUGGCUUCCGUUUUCACGUGAACGAUGUACUAAAAUCAACAGAACAGUCUCUGGGGUGGAUAUAUGUUUAACUUUUUCAAAAGUAUGAGUAUUGAUCUGGUGUAGCCAACAUGAAUGCACGAGUAUUUUUACGCGUUUACAAACUUGUGGUUUUUCGCAGGUACCGUCACCCCAAAGAAACAAAGGAGCCAAACAAUAGAGUUCUCCUGAGAGCUUUAUUGUUUGGUUGUAUUGGAGACUCAAGUAAGAGGGUCUUCAAUAAGUUUUUCGGGAUGCGGGAUUUCCCUUAUUUGAGGCUCAGGAUUCGGGAUUUUAAAGGGAAAUCGGGGCGAGAUUUGGGAUUGAAAGUUUGCGCGGGAGGUGGGAUGCCAAAAGUAACCCUCGGGAUUACGGGAUUGCCCGAAAAAUUUGGGUCGGGGUUACAGGAUAGAAAAUCCCUAUUGGGGACCCUCAAGUAACUAAAGCUGAAAGCUGAAGUAACUUGUCAUCGCUCCCAGUCGUUUUUCGAUCCUCACAUUGUAAUAAUAUUGUAGCAAUGUUGUAGUUUUUACAAUACCAACACUGUAACUAGUCCACUUACCAUCCGUGCCCUCCUGACAGGUCAGGUAUAUAUGUUUUUAUUAGACUAAAAGGUCCGUUGUACUGAUGUGAUGAAACUCUCCUUCACUGGCAUAAAAGUUUGACCUAAAAUUGUUCAUCCCUUGGAAAUAAUGUUAAAUUUGUUAGUUUUAGCGUUAUGUAUAGCUACUAACAAACAAUUUUUCGCGUUUGAAUUGAGGUGGCGUGUUAACCACGGAACUCCGCCAAACCUUCGCAGACAAUCUUCUCAGCACAUACAAACAACUGGAAAGGUCAUUUAUGAUCAAGCUCUAUGAGCUGCACAAGGCCCUUGGAUUCCAUACACUGUGGAACUUAAAUGACUUAAUAGGCUCAUUCCGACGGAUUGCUUCAGAGAGUGCACUGGGCGUUGGGCGACUUAACGGAGCGGUGGAACUUACGAGGGAACUUCAAACUCUGUCCGGGGUUAUAGGAAAAGCUCUAUUAUGUUUCACUAAACUGAAAUAUACAACAAAUGUCCAUAAAUGGAGCUUUGACAAGAACAGAAACAAAAAGGUAAUCAUGUAAACAACGUCACAAAGUCGCUCGUUUUAUUAUCAUUAUUAUUAAUUUUUAUAUAUAUAUAUAAAUUUUUUGGUGGCUAUAAUGUGUAACCGCAUCUGUUGCAAGUGGAAAAACCUCUUGUUGACAACCAGAUGAAACUAAGCUGAAACAAGAACCUUUGGAUCCGCUGAGAAAAUGUUGUCUAACAUGUUAACUAAACCGGCUACCGUAAAAUUCAAAAAAAAUAAGCCCCUCCAUGUAUAAGCCCCUCCAAAUAUAAGCCCCCCAAACCAGUAACGCAAAAAACCCUCCGUUAAAUCGCCCCUCCAAAUAUAAGCCCCAGCGUGCUUGUACUUGGAAAAUUGCCCACAAAUACAAAGUAAAACAAAGCAAAAACGGUAAAUUUACUUCCAACUGUAAGGCUAGCCCAGUCGAUUUUGAAACGCAAAUUUCCCUCCGUAGAUUAGCCCCUCCGAAUAUAAGCCCCUCCAAAAAUAAGCCCCUCAAAAAGGGCCUUUGAAAAAUAUAAGCCCUGGGGCUUAUUUUCGGAAUUUUACGGUAUGUUGCUUACUAAGACGCAUAAACAAUGCAAUGCAGGGUCCACAAUACAAGGCGGGGGUGGUGUAGUAUUUAGAAGCGAUUAUUGCUAUUUCACUUCGCCAAUAUUAUGCUUAAUGACACCACAGGCGGCCCAGACUCUGUGGGAGUUCGUUAGUUUGGAAGCCUAAUUAUCGACGUUUAAGAUUUUGAGUUUAUUUCUUAUUGUUAGUACAACUCAAAAUCCUAAACGUCGAUAAGCAAAGAGACAGUAAAUAACAAAACAAAACCACAAGGUGAGUCAUCUUUAUUUCUAUUUAAGUCAAAAAAUGAAUUUUAGGACGAAUUUUGUAUUUUUUCAUACAUUCUCUUAUAUUAAUUCAAAGUCUAAUGAACUCCCACAGAGUCUAGGCCGCCUGUGAUAACACGCGUUUUAAAAUGUUUCUUGGUGUUAGCUUAAUAGUUCCGAUUCAGAUUUUAUUCACCUCACCUGGGAUCAAGUCAAUAUAAACUUUAGAAAUUUUAGUUUAAACUGUACCUGUAGUUUCAAAGUUAAGAAAGUCAGUUAUCAAUUACGUUAUAUAAGUUUUGUUUAACUGGUCCCUAGUGGCUUUAUGCAAUUAAUGACAGAAGUCAUGACAUUGUUUCUGACUCUCAAUUUCGUACCCAGAUGUCUUGAAGACGAAGCCGACAAGAGAUCUGGGCUCGAGAUUAUCUGAUACUGCCAAACGUCGUCCUCUAGAAGAUUGAUUUCAGCCAAGUCUGAAGACGUUCAGAUUACAUGCUUUAAUGUUAUUUUUUGCCACUGUUAGAAUAUAACGUUAUUUCUAAAUUUUGCAGAUGUUUAAAGAAAUCCAACAAGAAGGUUACACUAGAUUCGGUAUCAGUGAAGAUGAAAUUUGCCCCAGUUGUUACAACGCGCGACUUAUUAAGGUAAGAAUAUACAUAUAACUCAUCAUUUAUUCCUUGUUCUUGGUGUUGUUGAUAUUUUUGGAAUUGUUUUUUUUUGUAACACAGAAACUAGUUUGCAGCGUUUGGGGUUACCUUUACAAUGAUAUUUUUGAGACGCUUUUUUUGUACAAUCGUAUAAACAUUCUAGUUGUCUAUAUCACCGCCUGGUCAGCUCGAUUGGACAAGCGCCGGUCUGCCGAGCGGUAGGCCACUGGUUUAAAUCACGGCCGGACUAACACUCGCUUCCUUACAUGGAACACAUUAUCACUCCCAACGCUGCCGACCUAAUCUAAUUAAGCACUUGCUCUAGACUUUUGACAUUGUAUUGUUGCGUUAGAAUGAAACUUUAAAAACUGUUAAUAAUUCGGCAGAUGUACAUCGAACUCUACGGUUUUGAGCAGCAAGAUACAAUACCUGACAAAAUUCAUCUCAAGGUGCGCCACCUAAGCGGAGCUCAUUUCCUGGCAGGUGACAAAAAGAUUAAGAAUUACCGCCAGCCAAUAACUGACUACAGGAAUCUCAAGUUCGAUCGAUUUACCAUCAGCAAUGACAAGAAGUGUCGUAAGAAAAAGAAACGGGGGAAAAAUUCAAGUAAGCAUUCAUAAUAGUAGUUUGAUUUUAAUUCAGAGUUUUGUAACUAAACCACUCCUUUAUUCGUAUUAAUGACAAUAUCCUAAGGCCCAGUUCAAACGUCGAGUUUCACAUGUGCCGAACUUAAUUCCUAUUUUAGUCGACUAAAAUAGUUAAAUACGGUAUUUGCCGUUCAACCGUCGAAUUUAACUCUGUUCGCUGUCAAUAUUCCCAGUUAAAAAAUAAUAAUUUACUAAAAUUCAUGCAUUAAGUUCGGCACAUGUGAAAUGCGACGUUUGAAUCAGAAGUCGUUCCUAAGUCAAAUCUUCGACUGUUUCGGUCGUAGAUACGGCAAACGUCGCAUGUAAUUUAAACAGUCGAAUUUAAUUGAUUCAAACGUCGCACUUCACAUGCAUUUAACUCUCGCGUUAAGUUCGGCACAUGUGAAAUUCGACGUUUGAACCGGGCCUAAGGCUCCGUCCACACAAUGCCGGAUAAAUUUGAAAACGGAACUUUAUUUUUCCGGUUACGCCUUCCGUCCACACUAAUCCGCACAAAUCCGGAUAAAUUCUCCAUCGAAAACGGAACUUUUCGAAAACGAUCUCCAGAUCUAGAGUGGAAGAAUUUAAAAACGCCGGCUAGCCGUAUUAGUGUGGACGGAGAACAUUUUGACAGCGGAACUUUUCGAAACAGGCGACGCUCGGCGACACGUCAUGAUUGUCAUGUGAUUUCAUUGCCCGAGUCUUCCUCGAUCAUAAAUCCAACAAGGUGGACGACGAGAUCAUAGAUUUUUUUGUUGUCCAUGAUAUCAAGUUUAAUUGCAUGCUUGGAGUUAAAUACCUCACUUUAUAACAUGUAUGAGAGAAAUCAAAGGCCUUCGAAGUUUUGUAGUCGCCUGUGACAUUCAACAACAAUUUCACCUCGUCAUCAGACCAUGAAAAGUAUUCGGUUUUGUUUUUUUCUUCCGCAGUAUUCUUCUUAUGGCUUGACAUGCUAGGUAAAUUAAAAAAGAUAAUAACCUCUUUCGCGUAAACAACAACGUUCAAAUAUGGCAGGAGUAAGGAGAAGUCGGCUGGAAGCCGACUUCUCGGCGGGCUCAAUGCCUUGAUAUGCGCAGGCUCAAAGGUGCGUUUAAGCGUUUUUGACGCCUCUGAUCUUUGUAGUGUGGACGCAGACAGAAGCUCAUAUGGGCUCCUGACGCAGAACACUUUAUCCGUUUUCAUGUGUGGACAGAAAACUUUUGUUUCGUUUUCAUUGUGAGAGGUCCGUUUUAAAAUUUAUCCGGUAUAGUGUGCACGGGGCCUAAGUUCAUCCCCUUUCUACUAUACUUGUAAAAAAAGGGACAUUUUACUCGAGUAUAUAACAGAACAAAGGGAAUAGGAAGCAAUGGCACGCAGGCUGUAACUGAAUGAUCAAUUCAGUACAGUCUGUGGCACCUCUAUCAGGGGACACCCUCGAGAUCAGGGCAAUUAUCCCCUGAAUAGAGGUGUUCCCUUAAUGGAAUUUGGGCCGGAAUUUCGUUGAUAAUUAACCAACAAAUGAAAUAUUUUUAUUUUAUUGUACCUCGGAAUCUGCUACCGUCAUUAUUUUUCAGCAGUUAGAUAAUGUAUUUAUAUAAAAAAAAAAUCACGAUUAACUUAUCUCUGCGAUGUUGUGUGUUGAAUUCCUACAAGUGCAGAACAUCAAUUUAAGUGAUGUAGCUCGUGUAGUGAAAGUUGUUUCCAUUGUGACUGUUAGUCACUUUUCAAGUGCUAAGGUGUCCCCUGAAUGGAGGUUGAAUCCGGCAAAAGUGCCCCUUUCCUCUGUAUAGAGGUGUCACUUCAUUAGAGCUAACAAAUACAAUGAUUAUGUGAACGUUUUUUUGGCGUCAAAUUUUGUGUCCCCUGAAUGGAGGUGUCCCUUGAAUAGAGGUAUCCUAAAGGAAAGGUUCCACUGUAUUAGUUUAUAAAGAAAGGUAGCAAUUAUCAGCGUGCACAGAUCAAUGAAAAAAAUCAUUCUAAGUCGACAGACAGUGCGUAUUCUUCGGGAAAAGAGAGAUUCCUCAUAAUUUCUUAGCGCCUUGAUAAUCUGUUAUUCGGUUCAUCUUUAUCAUCCUUCGACUAGAGUAUUCGCUCAUUUUCCUCAGGGAUACAUGUAGUAAAGCGCACAUGAAAAUCGCCACACAUUCACUCCCUCUAUUAUCCCUGAGGAAAAUGAGCGGCAACUGUUAGACUCUAACAUCCCCUGUCUUAGGGUACUGUGUCGAAAAGGAUGAUCGUCGAUGGGAACCGAUGUGCAGCCACUCCUUAAAUGGUCCAACCGAUUCUGGCUUGAUGAUGGGAAAAGAGGAGUGUACAAGUCCUUCUGGUUAUUACGAGCUGUUUAUUCCUGUGGACAAGAAUCUAGACUGCAGUGCCACUAGGAUGAAAGACACCAACUGCAAAGAUCUUGACGUGAGUUUCAGCUCCUGAAAAUUCUCGUACAGUGCAUCGUUAACGCCCGGCAGGUUGUUAAACGUUUUUAAUAGCACCAAAGCGGAGGUUUUCUUGUGGUCUUAGUUUCCUGUUUUAAUCGCAGAGGGUUAAAUCCCGUUUGUUUGCUUUAGAGUGGCAGUUCCACCGCCAAUCGGGUUAAUCUAUAUUAGUUUUGCCCCUUUGAACUUUGUUGAAAUAGGCAUCUGUCUUUUACAAAUCAUUCCACUGCAUUUUCGACCGUCGUUUACGAGAGACAGCGUGGCCGAGUGGUCAACGCGUCGAACUCGGGUUCGAGUCCCGAGCUCCGACGACUCGGCGGAUUUCAGUUUAAGUCGCUUGGGGUUCAACUCCUCGGCAGUGCAUGCAAAGGGACUGCGUAACCAGCUGACUACGUUCUUCUUGUUGGGUUUUUUAACCCUGUCAUGUUACAGUUUUGAGAAAAAAAAAUCGACAACAUUUUUUAAACCAAAAGUUUGAAAUCAUGAAACACAGAGUUGAGUUUAUGAUAAUGCGAGAAAACUAUUACAACAUAAUAAAGAAACGUGACAAUGUGUGACUAUAAAUUCGACUAUGUGUUUCACGAUUUCAAGCUGAAGAUGACAGUUAACAUGUCUAAGUAUAAAAGUAUUGGCUUUUUUUUGUUUAUUUGUUUAUUAUUUUUUGUCUAAUUUAUAAUUAGUCUGCUGCUCUCCAGACCCUAAUGUAAUGUUUAAUUAAAACACUUGUUGCUAAUUAUUGAAGAGAAAUGCUUAUAAAAUUUCUGGAGCUGUUAAGUUCACUUCCACUCUAAUAAAUCCAAUUGCCAUAUUUUGUUUAUUAUUUCAUUUUAGCUGACGAAGUUCACUAAGAUGAACGUUUGGGUGUAUUACUUGUACUGGUCGAACAAGUAUCCUGUCGGACCUGAUGACCCCGUAUGUCGUGUUGCAACGAUAAAACGGAAUCAAACAGAGAUCGUCAAACAGCAGGUUCCUGAUGCCCUAGAAGAAGAUAAAGAAUGA